AACCCAUAAAGCCUCAGACAUCACGAGCGCUUCUUAUUGGCUCUCGGCUCCACUUACCCCCUUUUCCCUCCGUGGCGCCGCCCAGCCGACGCACACUUCCUGCUUCUCCGCCGCUGGCCACGCCCCCUCGGUGAGUCCGCUCAGCCACAGAGAAGCGACCCCGCCGGCCCUGGAGUCGGCGCUCGGGUAUAAAAGAGGCGGAGGUGGACCUGCCUGUCAGAUGGUUUGUUGUUGUUCUGCCUGCCAGGUCGAGAAGUCGGGAAUGUGACCGCGAGGGAAGCGACGUCCACGCCGAUGGAGCUCCUAACUUCCUCCGACUAACGACAAGACUUUUAAAAUUCUUUUUUGUUGUUGUUGAUCUCGUCGAUUUCUUCGGCUUUUUUGUUCGUUCGCCGCCCUCGUCUUUGCGAAAAAGGUCGUCGGCGGACGCCGCGAUGAGAGAAGAGGUGUCCUGCACCAACUCCCCCGAAGGAGGCCUGGGGGCCAGCGAGGAGGAGCUGGAGAGGGGAUCCAAGAAGACCUCCCAGGCGGCCAACCGUAAGCGCUCGCCGUUCCCCAACAAGAAGGACGUCCUGGGCCAGGCGGAGGAGAGCAGCACCGGCGGCGGCAGCCCCCCCGGCCUGCUGCCGUCCGGCCUGCUGCCGUCCGGCCUGCUGCCGUCCGGCCCCAAGAAGGGCAAGAAGAGCCCGUCCACCGCCGUGGUGUCGUUGGCGCCCACGCCGCUCGGCCCCCGGCUGGACCAGCCCUUCGAGGACCUGCACUCGCAGCGCGUCAUCGCCAACGUGCGCGAGCGCCAGCGCACGCAGUCGCUCAACGACGCCUUCUCCUCGCUGCGCAAGAUCAUCCCCACGCUGCCGUCGGACAAGCUGAGCAAGAUCCAGAUCCUGAAGCUGGCGUCGCGCUACAUCGACUUCCUGUACCAGGUGCUGCAGAGCGACGAGAUGGACGCCAAGCUGGCCAGCUGCAACUACCUGGCCCACGAGAGACUGAGCUACGCCUUCUCCGUGUGGAGGAUGGAGGGCGCCUGGGCCAUGUCCACCAGCCACUAGGACCCCUCCCCCACCCACCUCCCCCCCCCAAAGCCCUCCCGCGUCCACACCUCCACCCUCCUCCUCCUCCUCCGCUUGUGUUUCAUGACCUCUGAACCUCUAAACUCUGAUCUUCAUCGCCUCCUCCGUCAUCUCAAACCUCCGCGUAGACGUUCCCGCUCCACCUCUAACGGGCGACUCCACCUCUCCACCUGUGUUCGCCUCCUGCGUUGGGCCUUGUCCACCCCCCCCCCUCCCCCUCCUCCACCUCCUCCCCCUCUUCCCCCCCAUGUCUGUCCUAACGUUUAGUCCAGUGCAACAAGACGCUCCACUGCAGCCUCUCAGAAAACCCGACGGAUGGAAAAGAUCUCGACUCUCAAAAAGAAGAACCGUGUUCCCGUCCGGCCAGGAGAUCCCACGUUUCAGUUUUUAAAUUUUAUUUUUUAAAUCUUCCUCUUCCUCCGGACACGCGUGACUCGUGACACGGAGACGUGUCCUCGCAGCUCGACGUGUUUCUGAAACACCGGCGAAGGAGACGCGGCGAAGGAGACGCGGCGAAGGACGUCAAGAACGUGUUUUUUUCUUCUUUUAAAUGAUGAAAAACAAGGAGUCAAACAAAACAGCUGGCCUGCGUUGACAAUGAAACAAAAUGGCCGGCGGUUGGAGUGCCUGGGGGGGGGGGGGGGGGGAUGACCAUCGUCCCUUCGAUGACUCGCUGCCAGACGGACAUUAUUAAGACGGCGUAACGAUGAUGUCACCGCGAUGCUCGGAGGGCGGUCGCAGCCAAUGAAUGUUUACAGCUAAAAUGCUAAUAAGCUAACCGGCUCUCAAAGAGGAACCUGCAGAGCUUCUGCUUCGCUGUGCUCAGUUUUAUAGGAUUAUUUUUGGGAGGUUUAUUUUGAAAGUGUGUGUUUGUGAACUUGGUGUGUGCACACUGUACGACUUUAACUUUAACGCGUCACACUCGGCUGUCGAGAAGAACGUCUUAAACCACUGAUUACAGUUCAAUCCUCCAUUUGUUGUUGUUUCUUCACGUCGGCCAUUUUGUGUCAUAAGUGAGUUUUAAGAGACGAUCUGAUCCAUGUGUGUGUGUGUGUGUGUGUGUGCGUCUUUCACUUUUUCUGCCGCUUUUUUUACAAUUUUUUACGAAAUCUUUUGCGAUUUAGCCGUGAGCAAAUAAUGCAAAGAGUAAAAAAUAAAUCAAAUAAAAGCAGAAGAGAGCUUCUUGUAAAAUGAUGAAGCGAUUCCAGCCACGAUGCAGAAGAUUCAUUUGAUGACACGAUUAGUCUAAUUACUGUUUGUUCGUGUUUUUUCCGUGUAUAUGUUUUUUUAUUUGCUUAUUUUGAUGAACUGUGUCGGCUCCUGUGGAUAAUAAAACUUUUCUUGAUGCUGUA